AUGAUGAAGUCCUCCGAGGUGUUUCAGCCAAUACUGUUAUACGUCGAUAUGAGACCCAUCCAAUUUGGCGUAAGGGACCUGGAAAAGCGCCAAACGCCAUGGCCGUCAGUGCUUGCAGCAGCAUUCAUGCUUGCGCUCACAGGAGUUCAAAUGAGCAUCUACUUUAUGUCAACGUGGCAGUAUCUCAGAGAAAUUGAUUCAACGGCUACAAUAAACUUUUUCGGUUGGAUCGUUGCAGCGUGUAGUCUUGGAUGCGCUAUUGCCAAUCCCUUAUUCGGUUACUGGAAUCAGAGGACGUUAUCAACAAAAUCUCCAAUCACAUUUGGUUUCGGCAUUUGCGCUCUUGGUUGGUUCGGUUAUUACAUUGAUUCCGCUCGAAAGCAUGGUGUACGGUCCUUUAAUGCAGACGGCGACUCUUUCUGUCCACGGCCAGCAAAGGGUGCCCACCCGUGUGACAUGGAAGGGCGUGGCAAUGACGGCAGAAGGUCGUGA